CAACGUGCUACAGACCUCGGUCUCCUGAAAGCUGGCAGGGGUAUUGAACGAGCUUCUCCAUUCAGUACCCACGAAGACUUCGAGGCCCGACCACGACUGAAAGAAGGAGCCUCAAUGAGCUUUGCCAGGACAACCACGCCCUCUUCGACUUUUUCGGCGGGCUAGAGCUCAAGCCGCCCAGGUAGCAAGGACAUUAUACUGCGAGUUGACAGACAGCGGCUUGCCGCUACCUGAAUUUCGCUCUGCGACAUACACUGCGUUGACGGGCGUGCCGCCGAAGACUGCUUUCAUCUAGCAGUGUGGCGAUCUUGAGCGACCAUGCGCUCGCGCUGUCCCUGCAGAUUCCACGUGCGAUCUCUCUAUCGAAGUCGAAGACUUGUCCCACCUCCAGGACUGGCUCCCUGAGCAGUCCAUGGCACGCAGCGCUGUACAUGGCCAUACUCUCAUGAACUUCGAGGGCUUUGCGGACAAGGGCAAAGUCCUCCUGUGCUGCAACCCCGCGCGUCAUCAACAAAACGACAGGCUGCAACAUCGUGUCGCGCCUCGAUACGGUCAACGGGUCGAACAAGUCCGCGUCAACGCGACUGGGCGCGUACGCGCUGAUGCGGGCGGACGCGGGGUCUGCACGCGCGCGGCGCGCGGACUACGCGACGUGGCAGGAAUGGUCGAUGGACACCCGGGAGAAGUGAUGUAGGAAGCUCGUGCUCAGAAGAAGCAUUAUCAGAGUUGUGGGCGGGCCGCGAUCGCGCUGGGUGAUGGGGUAAGCCGAGAAUCUAGUCGCUGUCCGUCGAAGGCACAUGAGUGCUGUAUGAGUGCCGUCGAAAGCGUUUGCCGUUGCCCAGUGAGACGAAUGCUACCGUUUAUUUACUGAAGACAGUAGGCUGCAUUGCCGCAGAUGUACUACACCGCAGUGAAUGUGUGGAUGGCUUUGGGUCAGUUUGGGCAGGUCGCUCGUCCUCGCGUCCUCGGCCACCGCGAGGAUACC